AUGCCACUAUUCCACUUCUAUAUUAACCUCUUCAUCAUUUACCGUCGUCUUCCAACCGAUCCCACCCGCUUUGGCAUGAUCAUCUUCCGUCUCAUCACUAUCGAAAACAUGUCGACCGGCGAAUGGAUCUCCUUCAGAUGGGCUAUGAUUCACACUGACAUCUCGUGGAGUUUCGCAUUCGAACACAUCGCCAUGGUACUUUUCAUCUUCGCUGGAUUGAUCUGA